AUGAAGUUUGGGCGCAGGUCUAUUAUUCCUAAGGUUGUCAGAAGAUACCGUCAUGAAGAUCUCCUCAAGAUCACCGAGUACUUCCGGCCCUGCCUGGCCUAUCUGAUCAAAGCUAAGAUGACGAACAUCCUGGAGAUCCUGGUCAGCAAGAAGAUCCUCACCAAUGAUGAGGCAAAGAUUGUCAAAGUCAAAAAAGGGUCUGAGGGGACAGAGGGUGUGGACUCCUUCAUCGGUGAUGUAAUGAAGAAGGACCGAGUGGUGCUGAUCAGCCUGUGGGAGGCGCUGGCUGAGCAACUUGGGAGACUCCAAUCACCAAACCUCAUAACAUUAAUGGAGGAGGUGACAGAACAGAGAAAGAAGCUCUUAGAGGAGAUUGACACCAGAAAAGAGCCACCUGUCUCUGACCCUCAUGCUAAAGACAUCCAUGAGACACACAGACAGGCUGUAUCUGAAUCCACAAAAACUCUGGAAGCUCAGGCUUCACCUGGAGAUCCACACACCACAGCUGUGGGCUUUGAGACUCGAUACACAGAGUUGGUGGCCAUUAAACAGGACACAAGAAAUCAUAAGGAGACUGAACAUGAACUUAUGAAAACUGGGAAGAUCCAUGAAGAGCUCAUGAAGAAAGGAGCAGCAGAGAAAUGUGAACGAAUCUGGAUUGAGCAGCUGUUUAGAAAAAGGCCUGUAAGUGUAAAUCCAGUUAACAUCAUAGUGGUCAGUGGGAUGGCCGGAAUAGGGAAGACCACCAUGGUACAGAAGAUCAUGUAUGACUGGGCCAGAGGCACUCAGUACCAGAGGUUUGCAUUUGUGUUCCUGUUUAAAUUUAGAGAGCUUAACCUGUUAGACAAUGAGAAUGAGACACAAAUGUCACUGACCAAACUGAUUGAAAGGCACUAUAAAUAUCUCAGUAAUGAUCAACUGAAAGAUGUUCUGAAGAAUCCUGAAACUCUCCUGUUUAUAUUCGAUGGACUGGAGGAAUUCAAACACAAACUGAAAUUCACAGGCAGUCAACUCUGCUCAGACCCAGAUGUUGAGGUGCCUGUCCACAUCCUGGUCACCAGUCUGGUCAGUCGGACAUUACUGAAGGGCUGUUCAGUCCUGAUAACAAGCAGACCAACAGCGCUUGAAGCCAUGGAUAUGGAAAGAGUUGAUCAGUUUGUAGAGAUCCUGGGGUUCUACCCUGAACAAAGGCUGAUGUACUGUAAGAAGUUCUUUGGUGACGCUGCUCUGGCUGCUCAGGCUUUUCAGUAUGUGAAGGAGAACACCAUCCUGUACUCAAUGUGCUUCAUCCCAUCAUACUGUUGGAUGAUCUGCUCUGUGUUGAAGAGCCACUUCAUGACACCUGAAAAAGCCAAAAGUGAACCUUGGCAAGUAAGUCAGUGGCUCUGUGAGACUCAGAAUAAGGAGUUAAUUAGAGACACCAUUGGAGAGGAUUUAAAGAUGGACUUUAGAAGCAUGACUUUAUCUGCUGUGGACUGUGCUGUGCUGGCAACUGUCAUCAGCUGCUGUGGAGAGCUUAAAGAACUUGACCUGUCAUGCACACCUCGGACCACCGAGAGCAUCAAGAUACUGGAGCCGGGGCUCAGCUGCUGCAGUAAAGUCUGGUUGUAUCGAUGUCAUCUCACCUCGGCCUGCUGCUCAGCUCUCUCCUCGGUCCUCUCGUCUCCAAACUCACGGCUGACAUUUCUGAGUCUGAACUUCAACAACAACCUGGGAGAUUCAGGGGCUCAUCAGCUGAGUGAGGGGCUCAGGAGUGACAACUGUAAAUUAACAGAACUGAGGUUGGCCUCUUGUGGUCUCACCUCGGUCUGCUGCUCAGCUCUCUCCUCGGUCCUCUCGUCUCCAAACUCACAGCUGGCUGUACUGCGGCUGAACGACAACAACCUGGGAGAUUCAGGGGCUCGUCAGCUGAGUGAGGGGCUCAGGAGUGACAACUGUAAAUUAGAGACACUGGGGCUGCAGUUUAACGGGAUCAGUAAGAGUGAAGAGAGGAACCUGAGGUCACUACAGGAGGAGCUGAGGAGGUCUGGACGGCAGGUGGAUAUCUACAUAUGAGAAGACCAGCAGUGGUGAUCAGACUGGCCCCCCUGUCAGUGACAGAGCCCCCCGUCCACUCUCCCCUAAAUUCUCCUCAUUUAAUAAACUCUCUGUGUCCCCUCAGCCUGUGUGCUCCUCAUUUAAUGUCACUUUUAUUUUUAACACCUUGAGACCCUCAACUGGUGACAAAACUCAAGCAGACUCGGACCUGCAGACCCCCGAGUUUCACCACUAGAGGCAGUAAAGCAGUGGGGGUCAUCCUGUAAAAACCCCCCAAGGAGGAGCAAAGAGAGGUGGACAGUCCAGCUGUGGGGUGACAGGGGGCCUAAAAGCUGUAGUGACACUGGGGACGAGGCUGGGACAAACCCUGGACAGGACGCUGGUCCAUCACAGGACGCCAUCAGAGCUUGUCUCCAUCGUCACUCUAUGUCAUUUGAACCCGUGUCUGCUCCGUGUCCCCCAAAAUCCUGUCUGCCACCUGCUGAUUGUCCUUUGGUGACACUUUAACUCCCACGAGGCUCCGUUUUGAUUUUCAUUUUCUUUUUUAUUCCAUCGUCUCCACUUCACAGACCCCUCCAGUCGUGUCCUCGUAGUGAGCGGCGGCCUGAACAAGUGAGCCAUUAAAAAGAAAUAAAAGAAAAGACAAGGAGAAGGGUGGGGUCCUGACUUGAUGUGGACAGACGGCCACUGAGGGACCACCACCUGAACUGGACUGAGGGGGCUUAGAAAAUGAAUGGACAGACAGGGGGGAAGAAACUGAACUGGGAAUUAAGAAAGGAACUGGACAAUAAAAUAAGAAUGGGAGUGGGAUGAGGGUCUAAUGGAAACAAGUGGUGGACCCCAGCAUGAGGGUGGGCUCCUAUAGGACAGCUGGGUAAGAUAAAGAGGAACAGGGACAAGAGUGGGAGAGAAGAAAACAAACAGAGAGAUUAACAAGGGGGGCAAGGAGGAGAGAGUUAGAAAGUGAAGGACAGUCAGUGACACGAGGGGGAAUGAGGACAGAUGAGGAGGAGGAGGUCAUCUGUUUAUCACAAAUCACAGCAGGAUUGUCUGUCAGGGGUUUACAGUCGAUGGUCAGGGGGCCGAGAUGAACUGUAGGAGCACAAGUGAGGUCAGAAGGUCCAGAACACACAAGGUCUGUUUGUAUGUCAUGUAGACGAAGAGAAUGAGGUGACCUCCAUGUCUCAAUGUCUUCUGGACAUUCCAAUAAAGGGUUAAGAGAAUUGGUUUGGAUCUGCUGAGUGGAAAAUACGUCAGAGUGUCAUCUGUGUAGCCGUGGAGAGAAAUAUUGAGUUAUUUAAAAAUGGAUACUAAGAGGAACAUCUACAGUGAAAUAAA